UCAAUCUUCAAAUUUAAAUGGCUGCCUUUGUUCAUAACGGACAGUACCUUGAACCCGGUCUGACCGGCGUCAUCCACGGCUACCGAACCCCUUUCACUCGGCGGUUUGCCGUUCCAGUGGACGAUUCUUCGAGUGAAGACGAAGGCGAGUCUGACUCUCAGUGGACGUAUCAUCUCCGAGAAGUUAACGAUGAGGUUGAACCGUCAAUCUUAGAUUUACGUGAUCAGGGAACAGCCGAUAGCUGGGUCGAGCGUAACCCGUCAUUGAUUCGACUCACCGGUAAGCACCCUUUCAAUUGCGAACCAUCCUUGACUCGGUUGAUGCAUCACGGGUUCAUCACUCCUGCACCACUUCACUACGUUCGUAACCAUGGCCAUGUCCCCAAAGGAAACUGGGAGGAUUGGACAGUGGAGGUAACCGGACUGGUCAAGCGUCCAACCCGGUUCACCAUGGACCAGCUCGUGAACGAAUUCCCGAGUUGUGAAUUCCCGGUCACACUCGUUUGCGCCGGGAACCGACGCAAAGAACAGAAUAUGGUGAAGAAAACUAUUGGAUUCAACUGGGGUGCUGCGGGUAUUUCCACUUCUGUGUGGCGCGGUGUACGGUUAAGAGAUGUACUCAAGCGGUGCGGUAUCUAUAGCCGUCAGAUGGGAGCAAUGAACGUGUGUUUUGAAGGAGCGGAGGAUUUGAAUGGCGGUGGUGGAUCUAAAUAUGGGACCAGCAUCAAGAUUGAGAUCGCAAUGGAUCCAUCGCGUGAUAUCAUAUUGGCGUAUAUGCAGAACGGAGAGCUUUUAACGCCUGACCAUGGGUUUCCGAUACGGAUGAUCAUACCGGGGUUUACUGGAGGGCGGAUGGUGAAAUGGCUAAAGCUUAUAAUUGUCACCACAGAGGAGUCAAAGAACUACUAUCACUAUAGUGACAACAGAGUCCUUCCAUCCCACGUGGAUUCCGAGCUAGCGAACACCGAAGCUUGGUGGUAUAAGCCCGAAUACAUCAUCAACGAGUUAAAUAUUAACUCCGUGAUAACAACGCCAUGUCACGAGGAGAUCUUGCCGAUAAACUCCUGGACGACUCAAAGGCCGUAUAAGUUAAAGGGCUACGCAUAUACAGGUGGAGGAAGAAAGAUAAUACGUGUUGAGGUGACAUUGGACGGUGGAGAAACGUGGAUGGUUUGCCACUUGGACAUUAAGGAGAAACCUAACAAAUAUGGCAAGUACUGGUGCUGGUGCUUUUGGUCCCUUGAGGUGGAGAAGCUAGAUGACUUAAUUGGUACCAAAGAGAUUGCUUUAAGGGCUUGGGAUGAAGCUCUCAACACUCAACCUGAGACUCUCAUAUGGAAUGUCAUGGGAAUGAUGAACAACUGCUGGUUCAGAGUGAAGGCGAGCGUGUGCAAGCUACAGAAUGGUGACAACUUUAUCGUGUUCGAGCACCCGACCCAGCCUGCAAACCAACCGGGCGGGUGGAUGGUCCAACAAAAGUACCUCAAGACAUCUGAGAGUAACCAGCCCAACACCUCCUCCGACGUGAUACCCAUGUCCGAGGUGGAGAAGCAUAAAUCGGUUGACUCGGCUUGGAUUGUCGUCCAUGAUCAGAUUUAUGACUGCACUCGGUUCCUCAACGACCACCCUGGUGGCUCUGAUAGCAUCCUUAUCAAUGCUGGAACUGAUUGCACCGAAGAGUUUGAUGCAAUUCACUCAGACAAAGCAAGAAAAAUGCUCGAAGAUUAUCAAAUUGCCAAACUAAUUACCACCGAUUCUGACUCAGCUAACUCAGUUCAUGACUCGUUCAAUUCAACUCUUCUUUCAAAGAACGUUGCUUUGAUACCAUGUGAAAAGAUCCAAUGCAAACUCAUCACCAAGACUUCACUCUCUCACGAUGUUCGUGUCUUUCGUUUCGCAUUACCAUCGGAAGAUCAAACCCUUGGAUUGCCGAUAGGGAAACACAUUAACGUUUAUGCUACCAUAAAUGGAAAGCUUUGCAUGCGUUCAUACACUCCAACAACCUCUAUUGACAAGGUGGGCUACUUCGAUCUCAUCAUUAAAGUCUAUUUCAAGGGUAUAAACUCUAAAUUCCCCAAUGAAGGGCUCAUGUCACAGUACUUAGACUCUCUUCCAUUGGGUUCAACUCUUGACAUCAAGGGUCCAUUAGGACAUAUUGAGUAUACCGGCCAAGGUAACUUCACCGUCCAUGGCAAACACAAGUUUGCAAAGAGGUUUGCAAUGAUCGCCGGCGGGACUGGAAUUACGCCGAUCUAUCAAGUUAUCCAAGCAAUCUUGAAGGAUUCUGAAGACGAAACAGAGAUGUAUUUGAUUUAUGCAAAUCGUACAGAAGAUGAUAUCUUGUUGCGAGAUGAGUUGGAUUCCUGGUCUGCAAAGAAUGAGAGAUUAAAGGUUUGGUAUGUGGUAGGAGAUUCAAUUAGGGAAAGAUGGAAGUACAGUGUUGGGUUUGUUACAGAGAGUAUUCUAAGGGAACAUUUGCCAGAAGGAUCGAGCGAUACAUUGGUAUUGGCUUGUGGGCCGCCGGGGAUGAUUCAAUUUGUUACACCAAACUUGGAGAAGAUGAACCACGACAUAAACAACUCGUUGCUUGUGUUUUGA